AUGGCUCGUACUAAGCAAACUGCACGUAAAAGUACUGGUGGUAAAGCUCCCAGAAAACAACUUGCUACCAAAGCAGCUCGUAAAUCAGCUCCUACAACUGGUGGUGUCAAAAAACCCCAUCGUUAUAGACCAGGUACCGUGGCUUUACGUGAAAUCCGCCGGUACCAGAAAAGUACUGAACUCUUGAUCAGAAAGUUACCUUUCCAACGUCUCGUAAGAGAAAUCGCUCAAGACUUCAAAACCGAUUUACGUUUCCAGUCAAGUGCUAUCGGUGCUUUACAAGAAGAUACAAAUUUGGCAGCCAUUCAUGCCAAACGAGUCACAAUCCAACCCAAGGAUAUUCAAUUGGCUCGUCGUCUUCGUGGAGAACGGUCUUAA